CAGCUAAGUCUCUAUUAAGUUCUUAUAGUUUUAUUCAUUUGCGAAUACACAGGUUUACACACUCAUAUCCGGGAAACAAUUCGACUUUUAAUUUGCCUAUAACGUAUUUCAUUACUAACAGUGGGAUUAUAGAGUAUUCUGGGGGGUAAUUCUCUCCGCUUAGAAACAGGUAAGACACGUGUCAGUUUUUUCUCCAUUUAACGUGAAGUUUCAUUCACGGAAAAAGCAAACCAUUUACAAGUUUCUGACCAACAUUUAAACUUCGGAGACAAAUAAUAUUGCUCGAUCGUCUGGAGUUUACUAAGCAAAAUAGGUUUAAACAAACAUUUUGCAAAGUGAAACUAAUAUUACACAUGCGAGCGUCUAUACAAUACAAAUUAAAUAUUAACUUUAGAAAGUCCCUGUUCACUUCUAGCAGCUUUCUAGAAAAGCAUGGAGGACAUGUUAUGCUCCCAAGUAUCCACAGUAAUAGCAAACCAAAAAUAAAUACAGGGGGGGGAGAAGAAACUUAGUCAAACCGAUCAUUACCACUCCUGCUACAUACCCCAUUCCUUAAUUGUGCAUAUUCUCCACAGUAACAGUUAGCCCCACCUCAAUAAAAAAAGAAGUAAUGUUAAGUGCUGAGAGUUUAGCGGGGACCGGACCGAAAAACGCGCCUUGCUCGCGCCGGGGCAGCAGAAUAUUGCGCUUGCGUAAAGAAAUGGGGCGCCAAAUUUAGCGCGGAGGGAGGGCCCUAAAAAGCUUUGUUUGAUGGCAUCUGUUUACACUCCCUUCACUCUUUAAUGUCAACCUGCUCCUUGUCCCGAGAUAACUCCAAGUGCUAUAGACGAAUACUUGCAGCAAGUCACCGCUUUCUUACCUUGAUGAUGGCUAGGCGGCCAAGGCAUAGUGUGUACAGCAGCGACGAGGAAGAUGAUGAUGUGGAACUCUACGACCACGACUACGAUGGACCAGUGCCAAAGUCAGGGAAGCGGCAUCUCGGCAAAACCCGGUGGACCCGGGAUGAGGAUGAAAAAUUGAAGAAACUCGUUGAGCACCAUGGUUCUGAAGACUGGAAAGUUAUUGCCAGUUUCCUUCCUAACCGCACAGAUGUGCAGUGCCAGCAUCGCUGGCAGAAAGUGCUGAACCCAGAACUCAUCAAAGGCCCGUGGACCAAGGAGGAGGACCAGCGGGUGAUUGAACUGGUGCAGAAGUACGGGCCCAAGCGCUGGUCCGUCAUUGCCAAGCACUUGAAGGGCCGGAUUGGUAAACAGUGUCGGGAGCGCUGGCACAACCACUUAAACCCUGAGGUGAAGAAGACCUCUUGGACGGAGGAGGAGGAUCGCAUCAUCUACCAAGCCCACGAGAAGCUGGGGAACAGAUGGGCUGAGAUUGCCAAACUACUGCCUGGAAGGACUGAUAAUGCUAUCAAGAACCAUUGGAACUCCACCAUGCGGCGAAAGGUGGAGCAGGAGGGCUAUCUGCAGCCGGCCCCUAAGCCUGGCCCAGCAGCAAUGGGCCCAGGGUACUCCAAGUCUAGUCAACUCAUGGGCUUCACCCACCCCUCGCCCCCCUCCCAGAUACCCCCGCCAUCACCUGUCAGCGGUGACUUCCCCUACUACCCCGCCUCAGAGACACCCCGGGUACCUUUCCUGCAUGUCAACAUUCUGAACAUCCCAGAUCGCAGGGCCGCUGCUAUACAGAGGUGCUAUAAUGAUGAAGAUCCUGAGAAGGAGAAGCGGGUGAAGGAGAUCGAGUUGCUGCUGAAGUCGACUGAGAAUGAACUGAGAGGGCAGGCAGUCUUGCCGGCCCACAUGCCCAGCUACCCAGGAUGGAACAGGACCUUGGCUGAUGGGACGGGGCCCCACAGGGAGGGCGUGACCACUUCCUGCCUAGGGGAGCAGCACCCGGCAGCACCACCCCCUCCACUUGACCGUGGCUGCCUGCCGGAGGAGGGUGCGUCCUCAGGCCGGCCACAGCCAGUGUCGACCCUGCCCGACUACAUCGUCUCCGUCAUCGACUCGGACCCCCGGGCCUGGGGGCACAGGCCCAAAGCAGGUGGUGUGGGCCAGGCCAGCAGGGCUGCUUCUGGGGCCCUGAACGAGCCAGCUGUCAGUCAGGACUCUGGGGGCUGCGUCUCGCCCAAGGGGGGGGGCGGCGACGAGGCCGACAGUGGAAUCUUCACUCUGUCCUCCUUGGCCUGCUCCUCCCCUGGGUUGUCCCCUGUCAAACACCUGCCCUUCUCGCCUUCACAGUUUUUUAACACGGUUCCAGAAAAUUCGGACAUUGAUCUUCUACCAUUAACCUCAACACCUCUUUGCUCCCAGAAGUCUUUGAGUGCAGCUUCUCUCCAUCGUGACCACGCGCUCAAGCCUCAGAAAGAAAACGACAUUUUCCGAACCCCUAACCUCCGGCGAUCGAUCAUGGAGACCUCCCCUCGAACGCCCACACCUUUCCGGACCUCUGUGGCUCUUCAGGAGAUCAAAUACGGUCCGUUAAAGAUGUUGCCGCACAGUCCCAUGCAGCCCGACCUGGCUGAGGUGAUCAAGCAGGAGCCCCUGGAGGACGAAGCAUCUCCAGGGAUCGAGCUGGAUGACCAGCCAUCCUUGAAGAAGAUCAAACGAGAGAUUGACAUUGCUUGUGAGCGGAGCUGCCUCCAGUGGGAGGGGGAGUCUCUCCAGACCCAGCUGUUUCCCCCGAGCAGCUCCCUGGACAACAUGCCUGACCUCCUUACCAGCUCAGUGUUAAUGGUGCCUGGAUGUGAAAAGGACGAAGAUGGCCACGUUAAAGUGUACCAUGUUCCACGAAGGCCCAUAGGGAGUCCCAUACAGAUGAAUGCAUGGGAAGCAGUGGCUUGUGGGAAGACGGAGGAUCACCUGCUGGUGCCAGAGCCAAGCCACAAGUACAUUAACACUUUCUCUACCAGGACGCUGGUCAUGUGACGGCCUCAAGCGCAAUGAUAGAAACAAAGGAAAACACUUCAAGUUGAUUGUAAAACAUCAACUCUGUCCUGCAUGAAGCUGGUGGAGAUGCAGCACAGAACCUAUUUGUUGUGGUACAACAGUUGGGAGGUGUCAUUGUGCACAAGCUUGUUGGAUUUCAACAAACCAAAGAUGUUUCGAUGAUGUAUGAUAAUGAUGUUUUACUCUUUUUUGUGAAAUGGAACACAUGCCUAAACUCCCUAGGUAAACUUAAUAACUGUUAAAUGUAUUUUUAUUGAUAUUAAUAUAAAGAACAACAAGAAUAAUUUAUUUUCCAUGAGAUCGUUUUUCUGCUAUUGGCAAAACAAGCAGUGUUUCUCUCCAGUAUUGGGUCUUCCUGACUCACACGUUUGUGACAAACAGACAAACAGUAUGUGUCUAAAAGCAUUAUUACAUACCAAAUUAGUUCACGGGAAAUAUUUAAAAAAGUAUAACAUUUCUUCUGACGUAUUUUGACUACUUGGUUUUAAAACUACUAUUGUGUGUCUUUCAGUUUUGUCCUUUUGUUUAAUUCAGUUGUAUUUCAUGCCAGCUUGCCCGUAAAUGAUACUGUAUGGAAAAAAUUUCUCUUUUGAACAAAUGUACUUUUUUUUGUUUUGUUUUGUUUUCGUUUUGUUUUGUAGUACAGUGAAUGCUAAGGGACCUAGAUGUUGUUGCUGCUAAGGUUGGCAUGUUUUAUCUAAAGAAAAGGCAGGGCACUAGCAUGAGAAUUAUUUUUUCACUGUAUACAUGAUACAGUACAGUAUCACUAGGUCUGGGGAAAACUGUUUUCAAGAUUGUUUUUAUAGUGUUGAUUUUUUUUUUUUUACGUUUGACAUCUGCUUAAUGCAAAGUCAGCUGUAGCAAAGUUUCUGUGACCCAUUAUUAGCUUACAAAAAUGUAUUAUUUCGUUGCCCUUUUUUACUACCAUUUUGCAAAACUCUCACAAUUCUGUUUUUAUAAAAAAUGUGUUUACUGCCCUGUAAAUAAAGGUGUGUUUUUUUUCAA